AAAGUUUGGGCAUCUCUAAGAGCAACGGCAGAGAACGGAUGAUGACAUUUCAAGCUGGCAGGGUCCACGAUGGUAAAGACGGUGACGAUGAGCAUGUCGGCGAUACUGAGCGUUCUGGCUCUGGUGACCGUCUACGCCGUCUACCUCGCCCUGUCCGAUGUAUCACGGCUAGUGUCCCCCCAAGGAUGUCGCAUGUCAUGGAUGUCCCCCUCUUACCUUCUCCAAUCAGAAUUCAAUACGUCCUGGACACCGCUUGCAAACCGGUACACCCUCUGGUUAUACAGGGAAGUAGGAUGGGAGCCUAGCCAGCCCGUCGGGGUACCAGCUCUGUUCAUACAUGGGAGCGCAGGUUCAUCGCACCAAGUACGCUCGAUCGCUUCCUCUGCUGCACGACAAUACUUUUCCUCUCCAUUCGUUAUUUCGAGUGAGUUCAACGGACGAGGGAUCAGACCGGUGGAUUUUUAUGCUGUUGACUUCAAUGAGGAUUUUUCUGCCUUCCACGGACCUACACUCGAUUCCCAGAUCGCCUAUACCGCCGCAGCGAUCAGAUAUAUUCUCUCGCGAUACCCACCGAAUACCCAGAUCAUCGUCAUCGGUCAUUCCAUGGGCGGCAUCGUGGGUACCGCACUUCUCCCCUCUCCCGACAUAUCCGCCCUUAUAACAAUGUCUACUCCGCACAUGCUUCCGCCUGUGCGGUUCGACUCUCGUAUCGAGGAAAUAUACGCGCGAAAUAGUCGAAUUCUGCGGGAAGAUGAGACCCCCAUUCUAUCGUUGUGCGGUGGCGCCACGGAUACGCUCGUCUUGUCGGAAUCAUGCGUGAUCCCGGACUCAGACCAGCCACCGGGUGGGUUGUACAGGAGAACGGUGUUCACAUCUGCAUUACAGGGCACCUGGACGGGCGUCGGACAUCUUGAGAUGGUGUGGUGCCACCAGGUGAGGUGGCGCGUCGCCCGGGCGGCACUCGAGUUGGGUGGUGCUGUUUCUGCACGCGACACAGUAGCAACCCAGCGAGGGAGAGUAUUGGAUCGGUGGUUGGGAGAUGGCGUGCCCGUGUUAGAUGAGGAAAAUGUCGAGUUGCGCCAUGGAACAUAUGAAAUUCUCCCGCAGGGGAUGCAUCUCGUGCUGAAAAAUCCGCAUGGGAAACGGACGUAUCUUUUGCCCUUGGUGCCUGCCGAUGGUGAAGGACCAAGGACGUUCGUAUUGUAUGUCUCCAGAGGAGCUAUCUCCGGCAUCGCGCCACAUCACGCGCCGGACUUGCAAGUCUCCAUUCAGCUCUGCGUUCCAUCAUCAGCGAGGACAGACGGUGCAGAACUGUCUGUUCCGACGAUGUGCACGCCCUUGCAGCCUAAUGUAUUGAAGCUUCUCCCGAGUCCGCUCCCAGGAAGACCGUUCCCGGUACCGAACGAAGGGUCUGACGAGAGCGAGGGUGUUGUUUUGUUUGAGGGUGAAAUUUCUUCCGACGUGCAGGGAUGGAUAGGGGUCAGUAUAAACGCGGGUGAGCAAGAGGGAGGAGGAUGGGUUGUCAGCGGAUUUGAUCGUAGGAAACUUGUGGAGCGGGACGCCGUCAGUCUUUCAGAUUUGAUCCUCGGUACCGUGCAUAUACCACUAACGACUGCAGGCGGGGAAGGGGGACUGAGGACUCACGUCCAUAUCUCGCGUCUACCCCUCAACGCUCUUCUCGUGUAUAAACUUGUUCCCGACUUUACGGAUUCUUCCUCGUGCGCAGAUGCAAUUUUCCCUCCUCUGCUCAUGCACGUCUCACAACCUUCAGAGGUCCACUAUUAUCCCCUCAGACACGACAAUCCCGUAUGGCUCCAUUCACACUCCACCGCGCCCUACGUCCCGUCGCUCGAGUUUAACCCGGAGCACCACGGGCUGAAUCUUACGAUUUACUCAUAUGAUUAUGAUUGUGCGGACCCCGUCGGUCUCACACUUACUCUUGACUGGUGGGGAACGCUAGGCAGGCUCGGGACACGAUACCCUACGACGCUUCUCAGUUUUUGCGUAGGUAUUGUCUCAGUUGCGCUCUUCCAAGCGUGGCAGCACUCUGCCGCUCAGCCGCAGAGUGUGUCGGAAUCAUUGGAAACCCUCGUAAGGAGAGUGAUGCCCCAACUCAUGGGUGUUGCGGCGCUCAUCGCUUUACUUCCUCUGAGUCAUAAGUGGUAUUUGGGUCUGAGUGGGGAGUUGGGACUGCUUGCCAGUUUGCUGGCGGUAUUUCUUGUGGGCCUUGCAUCGGGAUUAGUGUGUUUGAGCUGGUGGGUGCUCCGGCUUUUGAUAUGGCCGCUAAGGUUCGUAGCGAUGCGUGUCGUACCUAGUAGAAGGCCUGAAGAUUCAGGCCUGAGACGCAGUACUGUCCCUUCCAUGGUGCUUAUGCUCCUUUUCAUUUUCUUGUUUGUGCCGUGGCAAGUGGCAUUCCUGGGAUGCUGGGUCAUCCAGUUGUUAAACUGUGCAGUGCACCCCCAAGACGAACGUCCUUGGAAUCGGACUCCAACCACGAUAGAUACCCCUAUCGAAGCGAUACCUCUUCGGCCACAGCGCGAAGACGGCGGGUCUAGAGAACCCACAGAAGAUGGAAUCGCUGAAACUCUUUCUACCGUGAACAUCUCUCGUGGUGCGAUACCAGGCGGGGGAAAACCGACACCCCCAUACGCUCUAAUAUACCAGAACGCGCAUAUUCUACUAUUCCUGACCUGGCUGCUGCCUUUUACCGCUCCGGUUCUGGUCGUGUGGGUGCGGACGUUGUUGACUGCGGGGUAUACUACCCCUUUCAAUGGCGAUCAUAACGUGUUCAAGGUCUUACCGAUCCUAUGGCUAGUGGAUUACCUCGGACGGGGUCAUGUGCUGGAUACGAGGAAUUGGAGAGGGAUAUCUCCGAGAUGGGGUUUUCUCGUCGUUGGCCUUGUAUCAUUCGUGGUCGGUGGCAGAUGGGUGUAUUUGGUAUACGACGUUGCGAACGUUCAGAUCGCCUUUUUGUUAUUUUGGGAUGUGGUAGUGGCAUCAUCGGGGCGUCUUACGUAAUCGACUUUUUUUUUUUUUUGUUAAUCCUUUCCAAGAUCGAAGUCCAGUGCUUCAGCGUCAGCUUUCGACUCUAAUUUGGGUUCCGCAUUCGUAGUUUUUUAUUAUUAGUUUUUGCAUGUGAAGUGCACAAUGUGAUUUUUAGAGGAGUGACGACGCCGUUCUAAGUAGUA